CCGCCCCGCAGCCCAGCCGGAAGGGCCGGCGGACGCUCGCUAGGUCGGCUCGCUGGCCUGGGCUCCGCGGCUCCCGUGGUUGCCAUGGUGGCGGUUGUCGCGGCGACGAGGUGGUGGCGGCUGUUGCUGGUGCUCAGCGCCGCGGGGUUGGGGGCCUCGGGCGCCCCGCAGCCCCCCAACAUCCUGCUCCUGCUCAUGGACGACAUGGGAUGGGGCGACCUCGGGGUGUAUGGAGAGCCCUCCAGAGAGACCCCGAAUUUGGACCGGAUGGCUGCAGAAGGGAUGCUUUUCCCAAACUUCUAUUCUGCCAACCCUCUGUGCUCGCCAUCGAGGGCGGCACUGCUCACAGGACGGCUACCCAUCCGCAAUGGCUUCUACACCACCAAUGCCCAUGCCAGAAACGCCUACACACCGCAGGAGAUCGUGGGCGGCAUCCCAGACUCGGAGCAGCUCCUGCCGGAGCUUCUGAAGAAGGCCGGCUACGUCAGCAAGAUUGUCGGCAAGUGGCAUCUGGGUCACAGGCCCCAGUUCCACCCCCUGAAGCACGGAUUUGAUGAGUGGUUUGGAUCCCCCAACUGCCACUUUGGACCUUAUGACAACAAGGCCAGGCCCAACAUCCCUGUGUACAGGGACUGGGAGAUGGUUGGCAGAUAUUAUGAAGAAUUUCCUAUUAAUCUGAAGACGGGGGAAGCCAACCUCACCCAGAUCUACCUGCAGGAAGCUCUGGACUUCAUUAAGAGACAGGCACGGCACCACCCCUUUUUCCUAUACUGGGCUGUCGACGCCACGCACGCACCCGUCUAUGCCUCCAAACCCUUCUUGGGCACCAGUCAGCGAGGGCGGUAUGGAGACGCCGUCCGGGAGAUUGAUGACAGCAUUGGGAAGAUGCUGGAGCUCCUCCAAGACCUGCACGUCGCGGACAACACCUUCGUCUUCUUCACGUCGGACAACGGCGCUGCCCUCAUUUCCGCCCCCGAACAAGGUGGCAGCAACGGCCCCUUUCUGUGUGGGAAGCAGACCACGUUUGAAGGAGGGAUGAGGGAGCCUGCCCUCGCGUGGUGGCCGGGGCACGUCGCUGCAGGCCAGGUGAGCCACCAGCUGGGCAGCAUCAUGGACCUCUUCACCACCAGCCUGGCCCUUGCGGGCCUGACGCCGCCCAGCGACAGGGCCAUUGAUGGCCUCAACCUCCUCCCCACCCUCCUGCAGGGCCGGCUGAUGGACAGGCCUAUCUUCUAUUACCGUGGCGACACGCUGAUGGCGGCCACCCUCGGGCAGCACAAGGCUCACUUCUGGACCUGGACCAACUCCUGGGAGAACUUCAGACAGGGCAUUGAUUUCUGCCCUGGGCAGAAUGUUUCAGGGGUCACAACUCACAAUCUGGAAGACCACACGAAGCUGCCCCUGAUCUUCCACCUGGGACGGGACCCAGGGGAGAGGUUCCCCCUCAGCUUUGCCAGCACCGAGUACCAGGAGGCCCUCAGCAGGAUCACCUCGGUUGUCCAGCAGCACCAGGAGGCCUUGGUCCCCGGGCAGCCCCAGCUCAACGUGUGCAACUGGGCAGUCAUGGCACCCACCCAGAGCAGCACCUCCGUGCGGCCUGACCAGGCCUUGUUCACCUCCAGUAGAGAAACGGCCUAAUCACGCCAGCAUCGGCCAGAAACACAAGCACAGAGGUGCCUCCAAAGUUUCACUGAAGUCUGUGUUCAAGCCACAAAGGAUGCGUCUUCUUGUCCAGCCCUGGGCGCCGCAGCAGUCAGGGCCUCUCAGGAGCAGCUUUUCUGUCCCCUGCUUGGGGGUCCCAUAGGGUGGCGUGUGGACGGCCCAGCCAUCCCGCGUGUGCAGUGGCCGCAAAGGCCUGUUUCCCAGCACAGCUGAUGUGGGUCCCAGCAGGGCAGGUCUUCACAGCUCCUUCAGAUGGGACACGUGCGGCCCUCGCUCUAGUCGGCAAAAACGAGCCACACACAGGUCUGCGGUGUCGCUCCCGGGUGCCCAGAGCCCACCGAGCACGGUGGAGAUGGCCGAGCCCAGCCUCGAGGCCCCUGGGCCGUCGCUCACCUGUUUACACGGGUUGGGCAUGGCUGCCCACAGCCCCUGGAUCCGCCGCGCAGGAUUCGGGAAGAGGGCCCCUCGGCAGCUGCAGACUUCAGCCUGGGCUCCUGCUGUGCGGGCGAAAAGGCCCAGCUGAAGCCUCUUUCCAGGGCCAGACCCGGCUGCAGCGUGGGAGCCGCUGGGUGCCCGCCGUGCCGUGGGAAGGAAGGUGGUGGCUCUGAACAGCCAGGGAGCCACAGCGUGGGCUGGCGGAUGUAACAGGAGAGCACCGGACAUCGGGAGCACCUCCCAGCAGUGAGGACCAUGGAGGGCAGAUGGCCUUGUCCCUGCCCAGGUACGGUCCACCCUGCAGGGGUUAUUUAGGACUGGGCAGGGCAGGGCCACCUCUGUUAGGUGGGGGGCGGGGGUGCCUGGCAAGUUUCAUAGGAAGAUAUUCAGGGCCCUUCCUUCAAAGGGACCUGGGCAGCUGGCGUCCCCGCCUCUGGACUCAGUGGUGGAGCAGGGAGGUCCCUGUCUCAGGACCCCUGAGUCUCGGGGCCCCGGGAGCCCAGGGCCGCCAGCCGUGGAGGAGCCCUGGCCUUCUGCCCUCCACACCCAAUCCCACUCCGUGCUGCUGGGUCCUUCUCUACGACCCAGGCUGCAGUGGCUCCAUGGGCGCAGGCCACACCCGCCAUGGAGACAGUGGGCACAGGGCAGGGGAGGUGGGCGCACACGGCCUGGCUGCCGCUGCCAUCUCCUGGGCACUGGGGGAACUGCCCCCACCGCCACACCUGUGCUCUCUGCAGGGGGAAAAGUGGUGCCAACUCAGACCUGGCGAGCUGAGCCACUGGGGUCUGAGGGGCCCAGACGCCACCAUGAGCAGAGCCAUGGGGGAGAUGCACAGACACACGUGUGAAGCCUGGGGGCCCUCCUUACCCCUUCCCUGCCCUCUGUCCCCGCCAACUCCAGGCCAGCCCCAGGAGCGGGGCUCAGUGGCGUCUCUGGCACAGAGGAGAGGGAGUGUGGCCACCUGGACCCCUGCUUCUGGGACAGCUGAGCGGCCUUUGAGAAAUGCAGAUCCCCCAUCCAGACUCACACACACCCUGCGGCUGCCUCUGCUGCCCCUGGAGUUUGGGAGCAGCUUCCUCACCCAAACCCACUCCUGCUCUGGUGGCCAAGGGGGCAGGGACACUCAUGCGGCAUCCCUGCUGCCGCCUAGGGCUGGAGACUGUCCUUAGUACCCUGAGCAGCACCCAGAAUCCAAAGUCUGUCCCGGGAAAGUGCCCUCAGGGCCAUGCGGCGUCUGACGUGGCACAGAAGUGGCCUGGACGGGGACACAGAACUAAACUGCACUCACUUCAGCCAAGAAGGCUCCUCUUAGCCGUAUAAGUCUCCCUUUCUGUUGCCAGGAAAAGCGCCUCCCAUCAAGCAAGGCUUCCACUAAGCGAGGCUGCGCUGUGAGGGCCACACACACCCAGGCGAUGGAGGGGUGUGGGCUCCGCUCAGCACCACACUGAACUGAGCCCAGCAGCGCAGUAGGGACCGGCUCCUUCCUGGGAAAGGCUUCUUGAGAGGCUGAAGCUGCAGGAGAGGGUGAUGAGUUGAGAAGCUCAGGGUGGGCCCUCCUGGGAGGACCGCCUGCCCUUUCUAACACUGCUGGCCACACGGAGGCCCUCAGCCACUUGGCAGCUGCAUCCCCCAUACCCGGGACCUCCCCGCCAAAUUCUCAUUCCUCCAACGGCAGCCUUCAGAGCUGAGAGGCCGAGUCAAGAGGGCGCCAUCUCCCAAGUUCCCAUGAUUCCUGGGGAGCGUCUGUGUAGCUGCCCACCUGGACCGAGGUGGUCCCCACACUGAGGCCAAUUGGUUGGGAGUCCGGGGUUGACCUGGGCAGGGGACACAUCAAAACUGCUCAAGGCCAAGCGCGGUGGCUCACGCCUAUAAUCCCAGCACUUUGGGAGGCCAAGGCAGGUGGAUCACCUGAGGUCAGAAGUUUGAGACCAGCCUGGCCAACUUAGGGAACCCUUGUCUCUACCAAAAAUACAAAAAUGGUUGGGCGUGGUGGCUCACACCUGUAAUCCCAGCACCUUGGGAGGCCAAGGCAGGUGGAUCACGAGGUCAGGAGUUCAAGACCAGCCUGGUCAAGAUGGUGAAACCCCGUCUCUACUAAAAAUACAAAAAUUAGCCAGGCGUGGUGGCGCGUGCCUGUAAUCCCAGCAGCUACUCAGGAGGCUGAGGCAGGAGAAUCUCUUGAACCCGGAAGGCAGAGGUUGCAGUGAGCCAAGAUCGCGCCACUGAACUCCAGCCUGGGUGACAGAGCGAGACUGUCUCAGAACAGCAACAACAAAAUGCCUGCUGCUGCUGGGUCCAGAAGAGCUUGAAUAACUGCAUGUUCUUUUUCUCAAUUUUCAUUUCCCAGAACUGGGCACCUCCGGGCUGUGAAAAGAUAGGGAAGUGUCUGACACCUCCAGAAUCCAUUCCCAAGAAGUGCCUCUGGUCCCACUAGCGCCUGCACGGACCCAGGCCAGGCCUGGAAUCUCCGGUUGGCCCUGCAAGUGCCUGGAGGAAGGAUGGCUCUGGCCUCGGUCCUCCCCCAACCCUGCCCAAGCCAGACAGACAGCACCUGCAGACGCAGGGGGACUGCACAAUUCCAUCUGCCCAGGACCUGACCCUGGCGUGUGCUUGGCCCUCCUUCUCGCCCAUGGCACCUCAGAUUUCAGAACCCUCCUCCUCGCCCACGGCGCCUCAGACCUCAGGACCCUGCCUUUGUGAACCCCAAAUAUCUGAGACCGGUCUCAGUUUAUUUUGCCAAGGUUAAGGAUGCACCUGUGACAGCCUCAGGAGGUCCUGACAACAGGUGCCCGAGGUGGCUGGGGAUAUAGUUUGCCUUUAUACAUCUUAGGGAGACACAAGAUCAGUAUGUGUAUGGCGUACAUUGGUUCAGUCAGCCUUCCACUGAAUACACGAUUGAGUCUGGCCCAGUGAAUCCGCAUUUUUAUGUAAACAGUAAGGGAAGGGGGCAAUCACAUAAGCAUUUGUCUCAGGGGAGCCCCAGAGGGAUGACUUCCAGUUCCGUCUGUCCUUUGUCCACAAGGAAUUUCCCUGGGCGCUAAUUAUGAGGGAGGCGUGUAGCUUCUUAUCAUUGUAGCUAUGUUAUUUAGAAAUAAAACGGGAGGCAGGUUUGCCUAAUUCCCAGCUUGA